CUCACUAUGUGUACAGUGCGGAGCGGUGAGUGCGGAAUGCGCGUCUUGUGCGGGAAGAGGUGCGGGAGUAACCUGCAGCUUUGAGACUAUUGGAGAGGUCUGGGGACGCUGGACACCAUGCACACGGACGUGGUGCUGCUCAACUUGCUGAUUUGGAUGCUUGGUGUGUCCGGACAGCCGCGACAGAGAGGACAAUCCCUGCAGCCGUACAGGCUCGCCAGGUCAAAAAGAGAAAUGCCUCUGAUCGAUGGAUCCAGCCGCAGGAUUGGCAGCUCAAUGCUGAAAAUGAGUCAAGACAUCACUAAAGCCUGGGGAACAAAGUCGGAGCAGCUGCUGAGGAUAGACGACCACGACUUCACCAUGAGGCCGGGGUUCGGAGGACCUGCUGUCCCAGUCGGAGUGGAUGUUCAGGUUGAAAGUUUGGAUGCUAUUUCAGAAGUCGACAUGGACUUCACUAUGACCCUGUACCUGAGGCAUUACUGGAAAGACGAACGCCUGUCCUUCAGGAGCAACAAGAACCAGAGCAUGACCUUCGACGGCCGCCUGGUGAAGAAGAUCUGGGUCCCCGACAUGUUUUUUGUCCACUCCAAGAAGUCCUUCACUCAUGACACCACCACGGACAACGUCAUGCUGCGGGUUUACCCCGAUGGGAAAGUCCUCUACAGCCUCAGGGUGACAGUCACAUCAAUGUGCAGCAUGGACCUGAGUCGCUUUCCUCUCGACACGCAAACAUGCUCUUUGGAGAUAGAGAGCUAUGCGUACACAGACGAUGACCUGAUGCUGUACUGGAAGGAAGGGAACAGGUCGUUAAACACGGACGAGAGGAUUUCUCUCUCCCAGUUUCUCAUCCAGGAGUUUCACACCACCACCAAGCUGGCCUUCUACAGCAGCACAGGCUGGUACAACCGUCUGUACAUCACCUUCACCCUGCGGCGUCACAUCUUCUUCUUCCUGCUGCAGACCUACUUCCCCGCCACACUGAUGGUCAUGUUGUCCUGGGUGUCCUUCUGGAUCGACCGCAGGGCCGUCCCUGCCAGGGUGCCGUUAGGUAUAACCACGGUGCUCACCAUGUCCACCAUCAUCACUGGAGUGAACGCCUCCAUGCCGCGGGUGUCCUACAUCAAAGCUGUGGACAUUUACCUGUGGGUCAGCUUCGUCUUUGUCUUCCUGUCGGUGAUAGAGUACGCCGCCGUCAACUACCUGUCCACCCUGCAGGAACGCAAGGAGAGGAAGCACAGAGAGAGGCUGCCAUGUACGUGUGGUUUAGCUCAUCCUGACAUGAUGUCCUCCAGCUACAGCGAGGUGGACGCCAACAAUACAGGAAGCUACGGCAUGCCAGAGGAGAACGGCAUCAAGCAGGAGAGGAUGCUGGUGCAGCUGGCGAUGGAGAGCGACCAGAUCACCGGACACGUGGGCACCAGCGCGUACAGCAACGUCUGGAUCGACACGCACGUCAUAGACAAAUACUCCAGAGUCCUUUUUCCUGCGUCUUACAUCCUCUUCAACGUCAUCUACUGGUCCAUCUACUGCUAAGACAGACCUGAGGCUCAGUGAGCUCCGAACACUUAAAGUGUCAAACUCUGCCUCCAGAGUCUUCACAAAGUGGAAACCAGAGGAGCGGAGACGUGUGCAAUGAAGUUAAAGUUGUUCUGGACACAUAAAGACAGAAAAUGGAGUGCAGUGCCCGUCUUCAGGUAGAGUGGACCCCCAGACACAAAAACAUUUAUACCUAACACAGGAAGCAUCCAAUCAGGUUUCUGGCAUUUUUCCAGUGAGGACCAGCUGAGAGCAAAAACUGGAAUAACUUUUGUCACACAGUAAAAACAGAAAAAGUUACCCUUUGUGGCUUUACCAUGAGGCCAUUUUUGUACCUUGUUGUGAACUUAAAGGAUGUCAAAUGUUUGCCAGGAAGCAGCUACGCCUGGAAACUUUUGGAUUUAACAGUUUGUAAUCUGCUGUUUGUUUUUUUUCGGGAUCAGGGAUCGAUGAACUGUAUCUAAGGGCUCGAAACAGAUUGUAGGCAGAGCUUGAGUUAUUCACUGUGGGC